AGGCCACCAGGUCGUCGCUGGAGGAGGGAGCGCGCGCUCGCUGGCCUGGAGAGGGCGGGGGCCGCAGUGGCUUUAAAGCGCCCAGCCCGGGCGGCGCGGGGCGGGGCGGCUCUCGCGACUGGGGGACGCAGGGCGCAGCGGCCGAGCGGGGUCCCCGGAAGCACAGCUGGGCACCUCCGCCUACGGCCGGCCGCGCGCCUCUUCUCUCCCGCGCCAGGGAAGAAGCGGCUACGGCCCCCACUGGGCGGAGGCACGGGGGUCAUAGAGGGGGCGGAGGGGUCCACGUCGCGGAGGAGAUGGUGCAGCACGUGCUGUGACGGCGCCCGCGCCCCGAGGGUCCCAGCCCCGAGUCCCUGGGACAGCAUGGAGCGCCCGGAGCCCGAGCUGAUCCGGCAGAGCUGGCGGGCUGUGAGCCGCAGCCCUCUGGAGCACGGCACAGUCCUGUUCGCCAGGCUGUUUGCGCUGGAGCCUGACCUACUACCCCUCUUCCAGUACAACUGCCGCCAGUUCUCCAGUCCGGAAGACUGUCUCUCCUCACCUGAGUUCCUGGACCACAUCAGGAAGGUGAUGCUCGUGAUUGAUGCUGCAGUAACCAAUGUGGAAGACCUGUCCUCACUGGAGGAGUACCUUGCCAGCCUGGGCAGGAAGCACCGGGCAGUGGGUGUGAAGCUCAGCUCCUUCUCGACAGUGGGCGAGUCUCUGCUCUACAUGCUGGAGAAGUGUCUGGGUCCUGCCUUCACACCAGCCACUCGGGCCGCCUGGAGCCAGCUCUACGGGGCCGUGGUGCAGGCCAUGAGUCGAGGCUGGGACGGCGAGUAAGAGGCGACCCUGCUCGGCAGCCGCCAUCUGUCUGUCUGUGGUCUGUACUGUUGUAGCCCAGGCUUCCCAAGCUUCCAUGCGUCUUGGUCCUUGUCUCCUUUGCCACACUGGAGAGGUGACACUGGGGCAGGGCUGGGUCUCAGCUCUCAGAGCCCAACUGCAGGAGUGGCCUUUCCUCCAGGAAGGGGCUUCUGGGUGUCCUGUCAUCCCCAAUAGCGUCUUUCCUGCCUUUCUUUUUACCUUUUUGGCACCCCCUCUGGCCCCAUGAGGAGUGUUUUGGUGGCAGACGUGGGAUGGAGCUGGGAAGGUAUGGGGCUGGGAGGGAAUGGGGCUCUUCUGUCUGUCCUGCUUCUUCAGGAGCACAGGCCAAGGUGGGGGUGAGAUGGCUGAGCUUCCAGCACCUUCCAUCCCGCCUGCCCAGCUCCUCCACUGCUCUCCUGCCCCAGGGCAUCUUGCUUUCACAAAUAGAGAAAGAGCAGCUUAAGCCUUUUUGGUGGAAUCCCAGGCAGUGGGAGCUGAAUCAGUACCACCAGGGAAGGGAAGGGGGCCUGGGUCUCAAUGGGGCUCACCUGAGUCCCGAGGGCUGUGCAGAUGCUCUGACAGUCAGUGUCCCUCUGCGGCAUUCCCUUCCCCUCAUUCAGCACUUCUGAGGGAGCUCCCGGACUAUUCUGCAGCUGUGGGGACCCAGCUAGCGGGCCAGGUGGGGUGGGGCUGGGGACCGGCCAGGAAGGAGGGGCGUCUUCAUCCCAGAGAAACCCAAGUUCCCCCAGCCCUUCAUCACCAACCCAGCCCUGCAGGAGUGAGUCUUACCACCCUCGGCCCUCCUUUCUGCCCCAGCCUGCAGCAACGGGGAGACCACAGCGCCUCAGAUUCACUGCCCGCUGUGUGCCUGUACUCAGGCAGCUGGAGGGAAGAGAAGGCAGCCGCAGAGGCCCCCGCCCUCACCCCAGCUGUCCGCACUUUAACCGUUUGCUCUGUGCUGUGGUCUAUAAACUCAUGAGAAAUAAACUGGUUCUGUGUGCCUCUCUGA